AUGCCACCCAACACCGAAUUGCAUACAACGACAGCGAGUCAGGAACGCGUGGUAUUGACACAGCAACAAGUGGAAGAACGUACCAAGCAAGGUGAAGCGCUGUUUAUCUUUGAGAGUCAAGUAUACAAGGUCGACCGUUUCAUUCACAAGCAUCCCGGUGGCGAGCUUGCCAUUCGCCAUGUGCUUGGCAAGGAUGUCACUGACGAAAUCCGUUCCAUGCAUCCACCACGUGUGUACGAGCGCAUGAUGCGCCAUUACUGCAUUGGAGAAUACCUACCAGACGUGGUGAUACCGCCAACAGAAAGCACGAGUGAUACGCCUGUACGAAAUGAUGAUGAUGGCGGCGAGGAGAACCAAACAACAGCAAUUGAUACGACUUGGCAGGGUGGCAUAAGCGUGGAAGCCUUUGACAAGACCAUCAGCGCACUUCACACACAACACUAUACGAAUCAACAACAUGAUAUACCAGCACAUCAAGGAGCAGAUGUGAUCAAGAUGCGUGUCGCAUACAGGCAACUACAACAAGAGCUAUUGGAUCGUGGAUUGUUCGAAUGCAACUAUUAUCGAUAUGGAAAAGAGUGUUGUCGAUACGCGCUGUUCUUUUACUUGGCAUUAUGGUUUACGCUACGUGGAACGGAGACAUGGCAACAUUUACUGGGAGCUGUAUUUAUGGCGUGCUUAUGGCAUCAGCUGGCGUUUACUGUGCAUGAUGCUGGACAUAAUGAGAUCACUGGACGUGUCGAGAUUGAUCACUUGAUUGGCGUGUUUAUAGCCGAUUUCAUUGGAGGAUUAUCCGUUGGCUGGUGGAAGAACAAUCACAACGUGCAUCAUAUUGUCACCAAUCAUCCUGAGCAUGAUCCAGAUAUUCAGCACUUGCCUUUCUUUGCUGUCACCACACGUUUCUUUGACAACAUUUAUUCAACAUAUUACAAGCGUGUAUUUGAAUUCGAUGCACCUGCUCGUUUCUUUGUACGAUACCAACACUAUCUCUACUACAUCAUCCUUCUCUUUGGUCGAUUCAACUUGCAACGUUUAUCUUUGGCGUAUCUAUUCUUUCAUAAGCAAGUGCGUAAUCGGCGUCUUGAAUUGUUCGGCAUCGGGUGCUGGUUGAUUUGGUACAGUGCUCUACUAGCCCAAUUACCAUCAUGGGGUGUCGUUAUUGCCUACGUAUUCAUUUCAUACAUGCUCACGUUCCCACUCCAUGUACAAAUCACGCUUUCCCACUUUGGCAUGUCUACUACGGAUUUUGGUCCUGGUGAGCCAUUCCCUGCUAAGCAACUACGCACCACGAUGGAUGUGGAUUGUCCCGAAUGGUUUGAUUGGUUCCACGGAGGUCUCCAAUACCAAGUUGUCCAUCAUCUUUUUCCACGUUUGCCACGCCAUAAUUUGCGUCAAUGCGUUCCUGUUGUUCGUCGCUUUUGCCAGGAAACCGGAUUGCGUUAUUACAUGUACGACUUCACUACAGGCAAUGGUGUUAUCCUUGGUGCACUCAAAGCUGUCGCUGACCAAGUGCAUCUUUUCAACGACGUUGCCAAGUAUAAUGCAGGUGUUUGGGCUCAUGAAAAACAACAUUAA